UGCUCUGUUAACGCACGUGAAGGCUGGUUACGUCCCCGGCCUCACGUUCACGUCCCCCCGACGUCAGUGCUGUUACGUAACGUCGACGCCGCGCUCCAGCUCUCAGCUCUCGCGGUGCUAAUGGAAGUGUCAGAGUGUCAACAACGGGCAGCCAUCGGUACGGCAGCACUGUCCGGAGCAGGGAGGGGGGAGAACACAGGCGACACCGUCGGAACAUUUGUCUGAGAUGGGGGAUGAUCGACCCUUUGUAUGCACUGCCCCUGGAUGUGGGCAGAGAUUCACAAAUGAAGACCACCUGUCGGUGCACAAGCACAAGCAUGAAAUGACAUUAAAAUUUGGUCCUGCCAGAACAGACUCUGUUAUCAUUGCAGACCAGACACCAACGCCCACACGUUUUCUGAAGAACUGUGAAGAAGUGGGGUUAUUCAAUGAGCUAGCCAGCUCCUUUGAACAUGAGUUUACCAAAGCACACGAUGACGACCAGCGGACAAAGCAUCCGGCUGCACCUUUACAAACACCGUCUGAAGUAAAAGUUGAAGAUGAGGGUCCUUUGCAAGUGGAUUCAUCCUCACCCGGAAGUCCAGAUUCCUCUUCCAGCAUGUCCGACAACAGCAGAGACUCAAGGGUGGGAGGCAAGGAGAUUCUUACAAAGCCGGUGCUAAGCUCUGCCCCUACUCCAACCAUUGUGCGCCCAGGUUUUCUUCCCCUUCACCUGAGCAAUGACGCACUUCACCCAACUCUGCCAUCUCCAACAUCUGUCAUCACGCAAACGCCGCCCUCCAACAGACAGCUCAGCUCCCCAACAAGCGCUUAUCCACUGGUGAGGCUUCCUAAUGGACAGACAGUCCCCCUCCUGCCCAGUCCUGUGCAGAUGACCUCAGUUAUAUCUCUUGCAAGGCCAGCGAACUCGGUGCCUAACAUCCCUGGGAUUCCAGGACCUCCAGUUGGAGGAGCCAGCAGUGCGUCAUCCUCCCCGUCUGGGUAUAGUCUGCACUCUGAGACCAAGAUGCGGCUUAAAGCAGCUCUUACUCAUCAGGGCCCGGGAGCACAAGAUGGGGCUGGCGGGGGGUCAGGAUCCAUCCCUGCUGUCCCCCAGCGACCGGAACAGAGCCAGCAACCCUCUCAGAACUCUGAUGCACCAUCACCUGCGCAACCCCAGGUGUCCCCUGCUCAGCCAACCGGAGGCCGGCGGCGGAGGGCUUCAGAGAUGGACCCUGACGAGAGGAGGGAGCGUUUCCUGGAGAGAAACCGGGCGGCCGCCUCUCGCUGCAGGCAAAAACGAAAGAUAUGGGUUAACUCUUUGGAGAAGAAGGCGGAUGAUCUUGCCAACAUGAAUGUGUCCCUGAGUAAUGAAGUAGGCCAUCUGAGGAACGAGGUGGCUCAGCUGAAGCAGCUCCUCCUGGCCCACAAGGACUGCCCGGUCACUGCUAUGCAGAAGAAGGCAGCUUUCUUAGCUACAGGAGGAGAGGAAACCUCCAGAGACACUUCCAGUGAACCCAUAGGCUCCCCAGCGGCCGUUAUACAGCACGGGCCGUCACCACCCGCCUCGGUCGGCAGUCCGGGGGCAACCAUCAACGGGCUGAGCGUCCGCGCCGCAGAGGCCGUCGCUAUGUCGGUUUUGGCAGGCAUGGGAUCGGGCCAGCCAGGAGGGGUUGUCAUGACGACGCAGUCACAGUCAGCCCUUAGAUGAUGUGCUGACGCAGGUAGCCAGUAUAAACUCAAGUGGCAUUUGGUGGCCGGACUGGUGCAAAGCGUUUGAAAAGAGGGACCUGCCCUCAAACCACACCCCAGACUAAGAUACUCUCAUCCCCUCACAGCCAGUGAUAAUCACACAAAGACACGGCGCAGUGCCUCCGUCAACGCUCCAGUCCCACCUGUUCUGAGACGCCUUGCCACUUACCGUUUGUACAUAUGUUAACACGUCGGACACUCACUCUGCAGGGUUUGGGGUCAUUUCUUGUUCAGUCGUGACAUUUGGAAAAAGUUUUAGAUUGGGAUGAAAAUGAUGACUAAACACUUUUUACGUGAAGUUCGUCAGUUUAUUUUCAUUUCACUUUCAACAUCAGUCCCUCACGCUGGCUGUGAUGAGGUUGUUUUAUUUCCAGGCUGACAGUUUUACUUGUAUUUUUCAUUUGUAUGAAAAGAUUUUUAUGCCUGAUUCUGGUCGUCGACAUAAUGUUUGCUGAUGCAGUGGAAGUACGGUGAGAGAUUGGCUGGCUGAUUUCACUAAAUGGCAGCCUGGAAUGUUUUUUGUUUUGUUUUGUUUUUUAUGUUGACUUUUCAACCUGUCCGUUUUUCUGUUCUGUGUUUCCCUUUUGAGUUGAUUCUCCUUCAACACACAUAACGGUUUUGUCAGCCGAGUGCAUAACAAACCAAAUUAUCGAUGUGUACACAGUUUACCCUGUGAGUGUGUGCCUGACUUUUUUACCAUCAGUUUUAACCCAUUUGGAAUGGAUGUCAUUACAUUAGUCUUGUAAGUAUCAAACCCUAUUGACUGCAUGGAUUACUCAAGGCUCAAGAAUACCACUGUUUGAUUGUGCUUCAUCAUACUAUCACGUUUUAUUGAUCUGCUUUUCUUCUGUUUUAAAACAUGAAAUUACCGAUGCAAAAAUGUUCCUUGUUAUUUAAGGAUUCCAUCCUCAGUCCUAAUGUGACACUGUAGAAAUGGUUAGCUUUAGAAGGCCUUUAAACAAUAAUCAAACGUAUACAUACACACAUAACCGAUUUUAAAUCACUUACCUUGGCAUUUCAGUUGAGGAAAAUAGUAGUGCAAUAUAUUUUUCUAUUGAAUAUCAAUGUUCUUGCAUUUAUUUGUAGUGUGUAGCCCAGCCGCUUAGAGGGGUUUGGUCUAUAUAAGUUGAAAGCUCAAGUUAUGAGGUGAGCAGAAAAAAUGAGAUGAAAAUAUUCUCGAAUGGAUGAAAUAGGUGAUUAGUGCACACCAGUAGAGAAGGUGCUUUCCAACAUUUGAAAAGCCGUCUUGUACCAUGAAGUAUAUCCAAAUAGUUGUGCGAGGUGCUUCUUUUGAAAUUCAAGUUUUAAAAUGCAAAUUUUAUACCGCCGUGUACUUCCAAGACUAUCAUGUUUUAUUUCCCCUUGUCACUCUGUGUCUAUGUUUUAUUUUUAAUAACAUGUCAUUGUUUUGACAGAUGCUUAUUUUUCUCUGAGGGCAUGUCAUGCUUUUUUCCAUCAUGUGAUUGUGUCUUUUAUGUGUAAACGCAGGUUGACCCACAUAAUAAAAUGUCUCUGAUAUCUGUAUGGAGAGUUUGUCAAAUACUCAGGCAUCAAGAUGGAAAAAAAAUACUUGUGUAUAGUCUCAACUAAUGAAUAAGUUGUCUCGGGCAAAUAAUAAAAUAAAUUAAUGAA